AUGGGAAGGACCAUAUCUGAAGACAAAAACUUUGUUGACGUCUUGGCCAAAAAGUUAUCAGGGUUAAAUUUGUCAGAUAAAGGAAAGGGUCCUCAAGUGUCAGUUCUCAUUGAAGGAGAAAUAGAUAACCUGGAAACAAUGUUUAAAGAAGAGCAACCUGAAAUUAAUAGGUUAAUGAUUGAAAAGAGAUUUACUCAAACUGCUAAGACUAAAAACUACUACCCUAGACCCAUACCAGUAGAUUUACAGUUUGAGGAAGAUGGAAUGUGGAAUUCUGCUCAAUAUGACGGAAGUUCCAUAGUUAAGUGGAAUAUUGAUGGUCUGAUAGAAUACCAGAUCAUUAAUACAAUGAAACAUAUGAUGAUGUACGCUACAACCUCUAAGAUAAAAGGAAAUGGAGACAGGAGGGUGGUUGAAGCCAUUAUCGUCGUCUUGGUCGGUCAGUUGAAAGGAUGGUGGGAUUUUCACCUAAGCGACUCGGCUAGGACCCAGAUCUUAAAUGCUCAAGUGGCCAUUGGCCAGCAAAGUGUACAGGAUCCAGCAAUUGGAGUCAUUAAAAGUGAAAACGUUUACCAAGAAGAUGCAGUUAGGAAUAGAAUUAAAGAUAAAAAUGGUGGUGUCAUUCCUUAUGGGUCAUACACCUAUGGGGAAUUAUCCUCUAAGAUCGGUGCAGAAGGAUUAGCUCUUUGCAUAGACAUGAAAUUAAAGAAACAACUUGAUAAGCAGAAAACUCUAGGAAGAAAAGAAUUAGGAGACUUCUGUGAACAAUUUGGGAAAGAAAUUUGGGGGGGGCGUAGGACUAAGAAAUAUGAAAAAUACGAGUCUAAGUCUGAGCCUAAGAAACCGUAUAGAAACUUUAAGAAAAAGAAAUAUGCAGGGGAAACUAGUAAGAAGGCUAGUAAAGGAAAGAAAGGUGCGGUCCCAACAUGCUACAAGUGUGGAAAAGUCAGACACUAUAAAUCCGAAUGUAAAAUGAAGGAUAAAAUUAGUAACUUAAGCAUUAGCGAAGAACUUAAGCAGCAACUUUGCCAAAUAAUGCUUAAUUCCUCUUAUUCUGAGCAAGAUAGUGAUAACGAACUAGCCUAG